GAACACCUGGAGAAGCACAAACAUAUUGCGAUUCUGGGACACGUCUUUGAUGUCAGUUCCAAUCAGCGGAUCUAUGGUCCAAAUGGAAUCUACGCCCCAUUUACGGGUCGUGACGCAACUCGAAUGCUCGUCUCGGAGGGUAUGAAAGACUCUGGCUUAGAGGCCUACGCUCUGGACGGCCUUACAUCUGCCCAGCUCUAUGAAUUGGGCGAUUGGCUGAAACUGUACACCAGAAAAUAUCCUUGUGUGGGAUACAUUCCCAGCGUCUACCGCUCACCUAUGGGGGAUGCUUCUAAUCUCCUUAUCGAACUUCUCAACACCUGGAACAAACAAUCUCCCAAGAGUUUGGACUUUUUAGAACUUCUUCCACCUUGUAAUUCGUUUUUCGACGGGAAACUACUUCGACUGACUUGUAAUCCCUACACCAGUGACACCUCGGAAGAAUUGUACCCACGUCAACUGUUAGAACCAGAGAAGGCGAGAUUGCGAUGUGCUUGCGUCCCCACGUCGUACCUAACUCAUCCUCGUCUACGGCUCUAUCCUGACUGUCCUGGUAUUGCCGACCACUGCCUCAUAAAGAUUGACGAUCCUGAAAGUGUCUGGACCAGUAGACUAGCCUCUAUUGAAGUUAUCUAA